UCUGACAGACAUAAUUCUAUUGGAUUCGGAAAUGCAAAUGUUUUACUGCAGCCUUUAAAUUUACUUCGGUGUUUUAUUUGAGUUUUUGCUAUAAUUUUUCGUAUCAGAUAUGUGUGACCAGGAGUUUAGAACAUUACGUAUCGACCCUCGAUAUCCAUUUCAGAAUCAGACGAAGGCGUGCUACGACAACUACUGCGACUAUUAUAAAUGCACCCGUCUUUUGGGCGAUGUAGACGAUUGCAAGAUAUUCAAAAGAUACUUCCAGACUAUCUGCCCCAACUUUUGGAUCGAACACUGGGAUGAACUCCGGGAGAAAGGGGCUUUCCCUGGACCCAUUUAACACUUUAAUUUUCAUUAAAAAGCUCUUUUAAUUAUCUA